AUGCAGUACAAAUUGUAUUUUGCCAUUGGGAUCAUAUUCUCAAUAAGUGGUUUUACAGAAUCACUUUCGAAGACAAAAGAGAAAGAAAUCAAAGAUGAUAUUGUUCAACUCAUAGAGAUUAACGUAAACCCGAAAGGUGAACUUCAUUUCAUCGCGGGAUUUGUUCGUGUAGCUUUCCAUGAUUGUGUUGGAGGAUGCGAUGGAUGUCUCAAUUUGAGAGAUAGCAAUAAUGCCGGACUUGAUGUUUAUGUCGAGCCGCUUGAAACAGUUUAUGCCAAAUACAACACUGACUUGACGAGAGCAGAUUUUUGGCAAUUGGUGGGAAUAACUGCAAUUGAACGAAGUGCGAGAAAUUGUAGAGCAUGCAUCAGGCCAAAGCUUGUAUUUGAAACAGGACGAAAAGACUGUGCCGAUUCCCCUGAUUAUAAAGGACUAAGAACUUUUCCUAUGGGCGGGGGUCAUGCUGAUAUCAACAGUGGAAUGAUUUUUCUGGAAAAUGCCUUUGGUCUUCCACGCACCGAUCCUAAAUUGGCAACUGCUUUGAUUGGCGCCCACAGUCUUGGUGAGUCCCAUGCUUCAGCUUCCGGAUGGAAUGGACGCUGGACCCAAAAUCCCGAUCAGAUCACAAACAGAUACUACAAGAAUCUCAUCAAGUUGAGGUGGUCACAGAUCGACCUCAAUAAGGGAAAACCCGGUGUAGAUCCAAUUUAUCAAUGGCAACCAGGCAAAUUUCACUCAAAGAAACAGAAUAUAUUUGACAAGCGGAAGAAAGGAGUAAUGAUGCUGAAUGCAGACCUUGCUUUUGCUAAAAAUCUAUCUACAGAUGCAACAGGCUUAUCGGGAUGUCCGGUUUCAUCCAAGUGCAAAGAUCAGCCGGACACUGCCGAGUGGGUACGGAAAUAUGCGGAUAAUGCGACACUCUGGGAGGAAAACUUUGCCAUUGCGUAUAUGAUGAUGAUUAGAACUGGGUACAACGCUACAGACCUACAUGCAACCACUGCACCGUGACCAUUGACGAUGCUCAUCCUAGAACUUCCACUACUGAAGUUAUAAAUGAUAUAUAUUUAGAUCUAGAUUUAGAUUAAAUGAACUAGAAAAACAUUUCAAAAUGUAACGUGUAAAAAGACUUUUGUAGUAAUGUACAACAGAACUGCUAGUUUAUGGGUAUGGCGCCGGUGUAUGAAGAAUCCGUAGCACAAUAAAAUAAAUUCUCCG